UUUUUUUGUCACAGCUUUUAAAAUAUUUAAUCGAUCUUAACCAAAUUUCGCACACAAGUUAAUAUAAUUAAUGCUAUUUUUAGCUUGACAAGAACAGAACUGAUUCUACAAAUGGCGAUGAAUAAAAAUUCCAGUAAUAUGGGGGAAGAAAUAUGUCAUGAGGAGCCUGACAAUAUUAUCGAAGAAGCGUCUCAACAUAGCUUUAUAAUUUUGCCGAAUGAAAGUACUGACAUAGUAAAUACUGUGCAGACGGUAGCUGGUAGGAUUAGAUGCAGACGAAAUUGGGGAAUCCUAUAAUAACAGAGAUGUAAACACAAAAUUUGGGAAAUAUGUUUGAAAACAGAGUUAUUUAUUUUGAAGAGAACUUUGUACCUGCAGCGAUUGAAGGUCAUUCAGAUUUGGCACUGGGGAAUGAUUUUCAAGAAAUUCAGGAACCCAUUCUUCAGAAUAAUUUGACUCAAUUGGAAAAUGUACUUUAUGAACGUAGUGACGGUAAUAAUGAGAAUUCGGACAUAAUACCCGACUUGCAAGUUGUUCAAAAUCCAGAAGAAAUUCAAUCGCAUGACUCUUUACAAGAUGUAUUUCAAGAUGAGCAAGAUAUUGGAAUUACUCAAACAGAAAAUGAAGAAGACUCUAGCAGUCCAGAUGAAAAUAUUCCUUUGGCUAAUUUAAAAGAACUACAGAGAAAGGAAAAUAUGAAAAAGAAGAAAAACAAAAUAUCAUGGAAAGAAAGGUCUAAACUUAAAAAUAUAACAAAACAUCCACUUAGAGAAGCCUGCAAAGAUUCAUGCAGCAAAAAGUGGAAGAAAUUAAUAAAAGAAGAACAAAGACAAUCAAUUCAUGACAGUUUUUGGUCUUUAACAUGGUAUGAUCAAAGAAAGUGUAUCCUUAAUUCAUGUAGCCGAGUGUCAGUUAAAAAGAGAACUAUAACUGCUGGAUAUUAUCAAUGAAAUUUAACUUUUUCUUACAAAUUAACUCAAGACAGUGGAAUGUUAGUGGAUGUAUGUAAGAUUUUUUAUUUAACAACACUGGGAUACCAUCCAAAAAAUGACAGAUUUAUUUUUAAUGUUUUGCACAAAACUGGACCAGGAUCAAUAUUACCAAAUAAAGACCGCAGAGGACAUAAUCCUCCGGCCAAUAAAAUUGAUAGGCAAUUGAUAUUAAAUCAUAUCGAAACGUUUCAUCCAAGCAUUUCCCACUACCGACGUGAGCAUGCUCCUUACGUGAAAUACCUGCCCAGCGAUGUAACCAUUGUUUCUAUGCAUCAAGAUUAUAUAGAAAAACACCCAAAACACAAAUGUGGAUAUCAAGCAUAUAGAAAAAUAUUAUUUGCAGAAAAAAUUAGAUUUACAAAACUGGGCCAUGAAGAAUAUGAAAGUUGCGAAGUUAUGAAUCUUCAUGAGCACCAAAGUGAAAAUUUAAACCCAGAGUGCUCAGUUUGCAAGAAAUGGUCAGAUCACAUAAAUAAGGCCAAAAUCGCCAGAAAUCUAUAUAAAGCACAUGCAAACACUGACUACGAUUGUAGAACAGUUUGCAUUUCAGCAGAUUUAGAAAAAAUCGUCAUGCUUCCAAGGAUGGAAAGUUUUAAAAAAGUUUUGUUUACUCAAAGGUUAGUAGCUUACAACGAAACUUUUGCACCCCUUGGUUCAAAAAAAUCCAAUGCCACAAAAGUAUUACCAUUUGCAGUUACUUGGCAUGAAGCCAUACGGGGAAGAGGGAAAGAGGAAUUGAUAAGUUGUUUCUUUCAGUUCAUACUUCGACAUAGAGACGCUGAAAAUUUUAUAUUUUGGCUCGAUAACUGCUCUUCCCAAAAUAAAAUUUGGGCAAUAACGACAUUUCUUGUUUACAUUGUCAAUUCUUUAAGAGUGGCAGCUUAGACUAUUGAUUUUUUUUAUUUUGAGGCCGGUCAUACGUUUAUGUCAGCCGACUCCCUACACCAUCAAAUUGAACUAUCACUUAGGCGUCAAAAAAAAACUUGUGACUUUAAUGAUUUCGUCGCCGCUAUUCAAAAAGCAAACGGAGGAAAAAUGGAAACACAAGAAAUGAUGAUAACUGAUUUUUAUGAGUUUAAAGAUUUGUCAUCAGUUAAUAAGAGAAACAUGACAACUAAUAAAGAAAAGAUAUUGCUAUCGGAUAUUGUCCAUGUAAAAGCAACACGAGGAUCUUUUGACUUGAUGGUCCAAUGUGAUCUAAAAAGUGAAAACUUUAAAACACUUAAUUUUCUUCGGAGUGAUGUAUAUAAAAUAAAAACAAUUUUUGACCCUUUUCAGUUUACUAUUACAUGUGGAAUUAGUGAGGAAAAAAAAGCAACUAUUAUAAAAAAUUUGUUGAGCGUAAUGACCGAAAAUCGAAAAGAAUUCUGGCUUAAUUUACCUGUGUUUACCGCUCCACAAAAAACACAAAAUAUUAAAAAGAAAUGUAACAAAAAAAGAGUAACUCAAUAAAUAAAAAUGUUCAAAAUUUA